AUGGAGGAGGUGCGGGAAGGACACGCUCUCGGUGGCGGGAUGGAGGCCGACGGGCCCGUGAGCCCCGAGGAGCUGCCCCCGUCGCCGCCGCCGCCGCCCUCACCGCCGUCGCCGCCGUCUCCCGCCGCCCCGGAGACCCCCGAGCUCCCCGGGCCCGAGCAGCCGUCUGAGGCCUACGCCCGGCAGCUGCUGCUGGACGAGUGGGGGCCGCCGAGCGCCGGCCUGGCGCUGCCCCCGCGCCUCACCUGGAAGCUGCUGCUCCUGCGGCGGCCGCUCUACCGCAACCUGCUGCGCUCGCCCAACCCCGAGGGCAUCAACAUCUAUCAGCCAGCACCCCCUACUGGCCCCACCCAGCAACCCCUGGAGACUCUGGGCAAUUUCCGUGGAUGGGACAUUAGAACUGAAAAGCUCCAGCAGAACCGCAGCUGGACAGUGAAGCAGCAGUGUGUGGAUCUCCUGGCCGAGGGCCUGUGGGAGGAGCUGCUGGACGAUGAGCAGCCUGACAUCACCGUCAUGGACUGGUACGAGGACAGCCGGCUGGACACAUGCGUCUAUGAGCUGCAUGUCUGGCUGCUGGCAGCUGACCGCCGCACUGUCAUCGCACAGCAUCACGUGGCCCCCCGGACCUCUGGGAGAGGUCCCCCUGGCCACUGGGUCCAGGUGUCCCACGUAUUCCGCCAGUAUGGCCCUGGCGUACGCUUCGUCCACUUCCUGCACAAGAUUAAGAACCGCCUGGAGCCCAGGGGGGUGCGGCGGACAAGGGUGACUGACUCCUCUGUGUCUGUGCAGUUCAGGGAGUGACUGGCUGACUCCAUGCCUGUCCUGAAGCCUUGUCUCAUGUACCCACCCCUUGACACCUCCCUGAGCCCUUAGCACCUCUGACUCCAUAGCAUCUCCCUGACCCUUAGAGUCCCCACCCUUAGACCUCCCUGGCCCUCAGCACCACUUCACUCUCUUCAUGACCCCCCAGCACCUCCUUGAUUGCUUUCCACCCUCUCAACCCUUAACCUGCCCGGCCCUUGGCCUCUC